GAAGGUGAAAGCGGGGGUCUCGCAUGCGUUGGUAUGAGUAAGUCAGUCGGCCUCUGACAAGAUCCCAAUGAGGAGAUUAUUGUGCAAUUACCACGGAAUACCUGGUAUAACACAAUACAUAAGACAGUAGUUAGAAUUAGAAGUAGAGCCUCAUUCCCACUUGUAGUAUUCCGAAAUUUUGCUCGCUUCUACUUCUUGUCCUUUCCUGGUAGCUCAAUAGACAUCUUCUCUCUUCUAUCCUGCUCGAACCCGUUGAUGAUACUUUGACCUGGUGCCCUCUCUACUCACUCUUCUCAUCUGAAUCAUCUCCAAACGAGAAUUGUCGUAGAAAAGAGAGACUCAUAUGCCAACAUGGAGCCCACGCCAGAUAUGUUCCACGCGGUCAUGUACCCAACCGCCGCCUUCACCCCGACACUCGCGUCGGACCCCUCGCCACCCACCGGCCCAACUCCCUGGGAAGCUUCCCCUCACAACCCAAAGAACCGAAUAGACAGUCUCACCGCGGUCCUCACACCGACCUGGCGCCUCGACGGCGGCGAGAUGGACGGCACCCGCUUCUUCGCCACCCCCUCGUUUGCCCUCAACCGCAGCCCCCUCCGCAUCGACGUGCACAUCCCCUCUCCCGCAGACCACGCGCCAGAAGUCCGCGGGAUCCUCAAGUCCCACGCCGCCAUGCUCGUCGACGGCAGCCAGCUCGCGCACCUGCCGAUCGCCCAGCUCGUGCUCCGCAUCCUCGAGCGCUGGUCGUCGUCGUCGCGCGGCACCACCGCUCGCCUUGCGGAGCUCUACCACGGCAUGCCGUUCGGCUCGCGGAUCGUGAUUGACAGGAUCUGCGCCGACAUCGACGCCAUCGCCGUCCACCUCAUCCCGAACUACGACGUCGAGCAGCAAUGGCUCAGCCCCGCCGCGCUGCAGCGCAUGUGGAGCGCCGACCUCCCGUGGCCGGAGGUGCGCGAUCUCAGCUGCGUGCAACUGCAGCGACAGCUGCACGACGCGAUCGCGCUGGUGACGAUGGAGGGCCACGGCGACGAUGAGCUGUUCGUGUUCAAGUCCGCGACUGCAGACUGCAAAUUCCUGUACCACGAGCUCAAGCUGCUGCUCAGCAUGGCGCCGCACGCGAACGUCGUCGCGCGGCCCCUCUACAUCGUCACGAAGCGGUGCCGGUUCGGCGGCAAGGUCGGCGUCUGCGGCUUCGUGCUCAGAUAUUACGCAGCUGGCACGCUGCAGCAGACGCUCGUGGCCAGAUCGCGCGGCGGCGGCAGUCUGGCUUUGGAAGAGAAGUUCCGCUGGGCGCGCGAGGUGACGGAAGCUCUGCUGCACAUCCGCGAGUCCCCAGCCGGGUUUUACUCCGACGUGAAGCUGAACAACAUCAUCAUGGACGAGAGGGCGGACGGGCUGCACGCCAUCGUGCUCGACUUCGAGCAGAGGGGCGGCUGGUACAGCUGGAGCCCGCCAGAGGUGUUCUACACCGAGUAUCUGGAGCACGUUGCCUCCUCCCCACACGUUCCCGAGAAGACCAAGGAGAAAUACACAGCCAUGUUGAAGAAGUGGAAGCCAGACUGGGCGCCGAAAUCUCGAUCCGUUCGUUACUGGAACCCGGAGUUCGGCUUCAGCAUCGCGUGGACUUCGCUCGCGGAGCCGGAACGGGAGAGGGCCCAGGUCUUCAUGCUGGGAAAACUGCUCUGGUGUCUGUUUGAGGGCGUAGGGUCUGUCAAUGCUUGUGUGACGCCUGAGACGUUCAGGGACGAGCUCUCGGAGCUGCAUUUCCCUGAGUUUAGACGGACGCCGGAGGCGAUGAGGAGCUGUAUACGGAGGUAUACGUCCGGUGCGCCGGAGUGGGAAGGUCGUUAUCCAGCUGUUGUGAGGAGGGGAAAUAAGCUAUUUCCGAGGGAAAGGUAUGAGAAGUUCGGUGCAGCUGGGUGCACUGCUUUUGAGGCCCAAGAAGCGGCUCGGCAGUGGUGGAAACAGGAGCUGGCUGAUGCAGAGCGCUUUCUAGAGAAUCGCACCUCAAAGUACGCAGAAGGGCUUAGAGGUAGGAGUAUAGCUGCCCUUCAAGAUGGGAGGCCACUUUUGAAAGAUGUUUUGAGAGAUGUUCAAGAGGUUGAACAAGAAAUGUAGACGUCAACUCAGAAUAGGGGCAUGGUAAAUUAAGCGAAAUUCCGCGAACAACUUCCAAAUCGAGCCUUGCUCGGCGGCCUCCUGCUCAGGCAACUUUCGUCGCAUCCAGAAUUUCGUGGGAAAGGGAUAGGAGGCCAUCGAUGUCAGCCCAACGCAUACAUUCACCUAACCCCCACUGCCUACACCCUUUAUCUCCCUCGUCCCUCCCACCCCAUUUGCC